UGUUGAUCGGGUUGGAUCGAUCAAUCCCCGCCCGUGAGGCCGUGCUCCUCCCAUCCGAUGUGGAUUUGCGCCCGCGUGCUGCGCUGCCGCCUUCCGCUUCUCCACCAUUCGCCUGCUUAUUCCCGUCUCCUGCUGCCGGACCGUUUCCCCCGUCGAAGUCUCUUUAGCAUGGCUGAUCGCAACUCAGUUGCUGCCUCUUCUUCCAAACCGUUCUCCGCCGCGGCUUCUUUCUCGCAUCCCUCCAAGAAAUGUGGGAGAGGAAGGGGAAGAGGCGCCGGAGGGAGGGGGAACGGAGCUGUUGCUGACAGUGAUCGCAUCGAUGCUCUUGGUCGUCUCUUGACACGGAUUUUACGCCAUAUGGCUUCUGAGCUAAGUCUGGAUAUACGAAGUGAUGGGUAUGUUAGAGUUGCUGACCUAUUAAAGUUGAAUUUAUCAACAUUUGCGAAAGUUCCAUUGAGGUCUCAUUCAGUUGAUGAAAUUAGGGAGGCUGUCAAGAGGGAUAAUAAACAACGGUUCAGCCUUUUGGAGGAAGAUGGGGAGCUCUUAAUUCGUGCAAACCAAGGACACUCUAUUGGGACUAUCAGCUCAGAAAGUCUACUAAAGCUAAUCCUGUCAGCCGAUCGAGUUCCAGUUUGUGUUCAUGGAACUUACAGAAGAAACCUGGAGUCAAUUUUACAAUCUGGUCUUAAGCGAAUGACACGGCUACAUGUACACUUUUCAAGUGGUUUGCCUUCAGAUGGAGAAGUAAUUAGUGGAAUGCGACGGGAUGUCAAUGUCUUGAUCCAUUUGGAUGUUAAAAAGGCAUUACAAGAGGGAAUGAAACUCUACAUUUCUGAUAACAAAGUGAUCUUGACCGAAGGCUUUGAUGGUGUUGUACCAGCCAAAUACUUUGAAAAGAUAGAAACGUGGCCUGGGAGACAAAUAAUUCCAUUUCAACUAUAGCUUUAGGUUGACCUGCAGCUUUUAUCGAUUGAUAACAAUCAUCAACGGGAUCCAAUUCUUCAGUUGCCGACUCAAAUGCUGUCCUCAAUUCUCUCAAUAAUUCUUGUCAUGUGAUCACUAGCAAAGCAUCUAACACUUGAGAUUGCUGAUUUAUGGAAUCGAACAAUUAUUCCAAUGUAAUUAAAUUGAUGGGGAAUGAAAUAGGAAAUUUAUUCCCGACUUUGGUUCAUAAAAUUAAAUCAUUUUCUUUCCUA